AUGAGCAGUAAUAAGGGAAAUGGGCGCUUGCCAUCGUUAAAAGAUUCUUCCUCUAACGGAGGAUCAGCCAAGCCUUCAUUGAAGUUCAGGCCAAAAGCAGUUGCAAGAAAAUCCAAGGAAGAAAGAGAGGCAGCCGCGUCUAAAGUGAAGCUGGAGGAAGGUAUCAAGAGAGGUAGUGACAAGAAAAAUUUUAAUAAUAACAAGAAUAAAAGAGUAACCGGCCCGGGUGGACAGCAAAGGCGAAUGCCCAAAUAUUUAAAUAACACACAUGUUAUUUCUAGCGGUCCCUUAGCUGCAGGGAAUUUCGUAAGCGAGAAGGGUGAUAUGAGAAGAGGAUUCAUCAAAUCAGAAGGAAGCGGAUCAACAUUAGUGCAGAAGGGUUUGGAAACUAUUGACAAUGGUGCCGAAAGCUCUGAAAAUGAGGCAGAAAAUGAAGGCAAUGAAGGCGUAACGUCCAAAUCCAAGAAGAAGUUCAAUAUGGGAAGAGAAUUCGAGGCUCAGAAUCUCAUAGAGGACGUAGACGAUAAUGAAAGUGAGAAAAGCAGUGACGUGGAUAUGGAUGAAGAAGAAUGGAGAUCUAAACGUAUCGAGCAAUUAUUUCCUGUGAGGCCCGUCCGUGUAAGACAUGAAGACGUUGAAACUGUUAAAAGAGAAAUACAAGAAGCUCUUUCUGAGAAGCCAACCCGUGAACCCACUCCGAAUGUAAAGACAGAGCCUGUUGGAACUGAAUUACAAUCCUUCUUAGAAGAAAGAGAAAGGCACGUCAAUGAGAAAUUUGAAGAUCUGGGACUACAGAACGAACUUCAAUCAGCUGAUGAAAAAGAGGUUGCGGCGGAGCUAGAGCUAUUGAAUGCAGAUCAUCAGCAUAUACUGCGGAAGCUAAAGAAGAUGGACAAUAAACCCGAGAGAUUCAUGAUAUUUCAAUUACCCACUAGACUGCCAGCUUUUGAAAGACCUGUUGUGAAAGAAGAGGGAGACGAAGUAGAAGUACAAACUAGCGACUCUGCUAAGAAGAAGAAUAGUGUCAAUAAGAAAGACACGAAGGGCUUUUUAUCUGCCGAAGAGCUGGCCGGUACUAUCGGGUCUAUAAGGGUUCACAAGUCUGGGAAACUCUCUGUAAAAAUUGGAAAUGUGGCGAUGGAUAUUGGUAAAGGUGCCGAAACCACAUUCUUGCAAGAUGUCAUAGCAUUGAGCAUCGCUGAUGAAUCAUCAUCAGCUGAACUCCUAGGCCGUGUGGACGGUAAAAUAGUAGUCACACCUAAAAUUUGA